CCCCCUCCUCCUCCUCCCCCCGCCGGCAGCAUGAGCCCGUCCUUCCUCCUCCUCCUCCUUCUCGCCCUGCCCGCCCCAGCACGGCGGGAGCAGAUGCCCGGCGGGGCGCAGCCGGGGCCGGCCGUACGCAACGCCCCCGCGCCUUCCUCCUCCUCUUCUUCCUCCUCCUCCUCGGCGGCGUUAGCGGGGCCGAGCCGCUUCCCGCGGAGCCGCUCAGGACGGCGGCGGGGACGGCUGUACUGCCGGGUGGGCAUCGGCUUCCACCUCCAGCUGCACCCCGACGGACGGGUGGACGGCGCCCACGACGCGAGCCCGCUCAGUAUUUUGGAAAUAUUUGCUGUGUCUCAGGGGAUUGUAGGAAUACGAGGAGUUUUCAGCAACAAAUUUUUAGCGAUGUCAAAAAAAGGAAAACUCCAUGCAAGUGCCCGGUUCACCGUGGAUUGCCACUUUCGGGAGCGCUUCCAGGAGAACAGCUACAACACCUACGCCUCAGCCGUGCACCGCAGCCCACGCUCAGGCCGACAGUGGUAUGUGGCCCUCAACAAGCGGGGCAAAGCCAAGCGGGGCUGCAGCCCCCGUGCCCGGCCCCAGCACGUCUCUACACACUUCUUGCCCCGCUUCCGGCAGCCGCAGCCCCCCGAGCUUGCCUUCACCGUCACCCUCCCUGAAAAGAAACCCCUGCCACCGAAACACAAAGUGUCACCGGCCCCGCCUCGGAAGAACCCUGGCCCUGUCAAGUACCGGCUGAAGUUUCGCUUUGGGUAGCAUGGUGGGGUGAUGAGUGGGAGAGACUGGUGGAUUUUGUGGGUGACCCUUGGGACACCCGUGUUCCCCUCCCUGGGUGUAUCAGGGAGGCUGCAGGUGGCCGCGUGGGCUCGGGGUCUUCUCUU